CUACCUAACUUCCCUGUGUUACACCUACACCUAUUUGCUUUACUAAAUUUUUAAUACUGGCAUUAAAAUAGCUAAGUAUAAACACUGAGCAGGAAAACUAACAUUUAUUAAAACUAACAAUCAUUAACAGUAAUACAAAGAACUUGUAACACGUGCGAAGUGUUAUUUGUAAUUAAUUUAAAUAUAAUAAAAAAACAAUUAAGAAAAGUCACGUUCAGAAUGGCAUCUCCACUGAAUAAAAGUAUUACAUUUCCGAAUAAUAGUUUAAGGGCACUUGUGACAGAUGCUGAUUACGCUGCAGUUGAAUUGUUCAAAGAAUAUCCCGAUGCUCUUAUGAAAUUUGCAUUUGCGUGCUGUGUGAUCUCCAUGAUUAUUGGCAUCCCUGGAAACCUUAUUACAAUCAUUGCAUUAUCAAGAUAUAAAAGAGUUCGCAACGCAACUGCCAUAUUUAUAAUGAAUCUAUCAUGUGCCGAUCUGCUCUUCUGCUGUAUAACUCCGCCUCUGUCUGCCUCUACCUUCUUGAACCGGUCCUGGACACACGGCAGAGUGCUCUGUCGACUCUACCCACCAGCAAGAUAUACACUCAUCGCCGUCUCAGUGUUCACUAUAUUGGCUAUUACCAUUAACAGAUACAUCAUUGUUGUUUACCCGAGAAUAUACCGCAGGAUAUAUCAAAAACGAAAUAUGACAAUCAUGCUGGUCGCAAUUUGGAUGUCUCCAAUAUUAGCUUUAAUACCGACAUUUUUUGGUAAAUGGGGUACUUUUGAUUUGGACCCUGUAAACGGAUCGUGCUCAAUAAUUCCCGACCAAAAUCAGAGGUCGGCGAAGCGGUUUCUGUUUAUUGCAGGGACAAUAUUACCGUGUUUACCGAUAUUCUUUUGUUAUGCACGAAUAUAUUUCAUUGUACGGAAAGCGACACAAAAAUCUCAGAACUCGAGCGGCGAUGCUACAAGCUCUAGUAAUAAAGACACCACAACAGGAGAGUCCUCUUCGAUUACUGUCAGAGUAACCACUUUGGAGAGUGAUGAUAGUGAGGACAAUUCCAAAGAUACUAGUAUACCAUUAAAAUAUAUCAAAAAUACUAAAUCGGAACAUCUCGCUGUAGAAACACCGGAAGAAACAGCUACUGAUUGUAAUACAGAUGACGAUACUGUAGAGGCGACGGUUACACCGAGACUGAGAAGGAAUGUGUUGAAAAGAUCCAUGGCUAUACUCAAAAUCUCUCUGCCAACGCGGAAAGAUAAAAGACUAGGUACAAUGAUCUUCGCCAUUAUGACAUCAUUUUGCCUGUGUCACCUACCAAUUGUUUUUAUUAAGGUUUUGAAAUUUAUCACCACUCACCCAGUAAUCAAUAUUUUGGCACACAUCUUUUUGUACUUCUCAUCGAGUAUCAAUCCUGUGAUAUAUGUCGUUAUGUCAAGUGAAUACAAAAAAGCGUAUAAACAUUUGUUUAAAUGUCGUGGUAGAGGCCAGUUACUUUUAAAUAAAGGUAACAACAAAUCGUAAUAACAAUGAUAUAUUAAAACAAGCCCUCAUUCGCACAAGAGCUUUUUUAACGGACGUUAAAAAAACGUUCAAAUGCAACAAAUGCAUUUCCAAGUACAUGUUCACACGACAGUGUUUUUAAAAUACGACGCUUUAUUUUGUUGAAUUUUUAAUUUUUGGGCGUUGGAAAUAUAGCUUGAUUUAACUUCAUACUAUAUUUGAGUAAAUUUUUGUGUGUGAAGUCUGACAAUCCGUAUUGGGCCAGCGUGGUAGACUAUUGGCCUAAACCCUCUCUUACUGAGAGGAGACUCGAACUCAGCAGUGAGCCGAAUAUGGGUUGUUUAUGACGAUGAUGAUAUUUGAACGUUUUUUUAACGUCCGUAAAACUCUCGUGCGAAUGAGGUUUUGCACUUCAAUCUCGCAUCCAAUAUAGACGUGAUAUAUGCGAGUUAAUAAUUUUAUAAUCUAUCAGUAUGUAAUCUAAAUAGGGUGCUGUAAUGGCUCCACAUUGGGAAGCACAGUGUUCAUCCACCCCGCUCUUGUACUCUCUAUGUCUCUAGUCUAUUGAUCGAAGUCCAUAGAUAUCAAACGGAUCGCAGAGAGUCGACGAAUCGAAGUGUUUGACAGUCCAUACAGGAGACCUAGCUUUAGAAGUGGAGGUACAUUACUUGAUAAUGUUGAUGAUGAUGAAUUUACAUACUUAUGGAAUUUAAUAAUUGUUUUGGCAACUUUACCUGGCUAACGAUUUGAAACAUGUGCCCAACCACAAAUUAACAAAUUAUUAAGCUGACUAUGAUAAUUUUGUACAGUAUUUAACAUCGUUGGAAAAUCAUUUUGUAUAGGUCCAGUUGUUCAUAUAGCCGUAUACAGAGUUUAUUGGUGGUUUUACGCGCUUAUCUAAUCAAGAAAUGAUAAUAAAUAACAUAAUUAUUAUUGUCCACAUGUUGUAUCUUUGUGAUGAAAUUAUUGAUGUAUUAUACUAUUGUUUGUACUUUAGUAAGGCUCUUAAAAGAUGAAGAAGGUACAAUAAAUUUGUCGUUUUAUAUGCUAA